AUGGCGUCCGCAGAAAUCGCAGACCUGAUGGCGCCCAAGUCGACCAAGACCGGCGUGGUGACCCAAUUGAAGCGUGUGGCCAGCACGUCCAAGGACAACAUCUGGAUUUCUCCGUUCCGUCCUAAGGGAAAGAGCACAAAAGCAGCAUCAAACCAGGAGAAGACGAAGGAAAAUGAGACAGUGACGGAGCCGGCUCCAGUGCAGAAAUCCGACGCGGAGUCGGAGACACAGGAGGAGAAGCAGGAAGAAGCCGUGGCGGCUGAAGAAGUUGCGCAGGAGCCGCAGACAGAAACGACAGAAAGUGAGCCUGUCGAACAGACACAGGAGCCUGCAGAGCCCGAGAAGCCCGAAGAGACUGAAGAGCCCGAAGAGACGGAAGAGCCUGAAGAGACUCAGGAGCCCGAACCAGAGCCUGUUGCAGACACCGCUUCAGAAGAGGCCCUGCAGGAGCCGACCGGCGACGUCGUGGAGGACGAGGAGCCGAUAGGCGAGACCGAGCCGCUUGCUGCGCCGCCAGACGAGCGCGAGGCCACGUUCGACAAGCCCAAGAUGCUCUAUCGUUACAAGGAGAACAAGCUUCUGGCGUCGCAGGCGCUGAACAACACACAGGUGCAGAAUUUGGACCGGGUGCUAAAUCUCGGCGCUGGCCUGAUGCUGACCGAGGCCCAGAUCUACGAAAUUGCUAAAAAGAGAGUCGCCCCAGUUUUGAAGCAGGUGGACGAGCAGGUGCAGGAGAACCUCAAGCGGGACGAGUUGCGCGCCAAGGAGGAAGAGGAGAAUUUUGUCAAGAAGGACGAGUCGAAGCUCGCGAAAGAGCUCCGGAAGUAUACGGCUGUCAUCGACAAGGAGAACGCUGCGAUUUUGGCUGCGUUUGCCGAGCCGAUGAAGAAGCUCGACGAGGACAUGGCCGCCAGCAAAAGCGCGUACGAGCAGUACAUUGCGGACGUGAAGGCCAAGAUCGAGCAAGACGCCAUCGACUACGAGGAGGCCGAGAAAAAGGCUGCCGAGAAGCACGUGACCGACAAGGAGGAGGCGCACCAGCGCGCGGAGCGGCGCCAGCAGGAGCUGACAGAGGCCCUGACGCAUGCCAAGGAGCAGCAGGAGGUCGAGACUCAAAUGGAGAAGGAAGUGCGCGCUUUGGCGGAGGAGUACAGGCAGAAGGCGGACGAGGCAGAGAGCCAGCUAAGCGAGAAAGAGAAGGAGCUCGAGGAGAAGAUUGCGCAAUUGGAGGGGCUUGCUUCGUCGAAACACGAGAAACUGGGAGCUAUUGCCGGCGCCACGAGAAAGAAGCUCGAGGCCGAGCGCAAGGUUGCCAUUAUCGGUGCCCAGCACGCACAGAGCAAGCGCAACGCAGACACACUACAGGAGCACGUUAAUUUAAUCCAGAGCCAUGUGGACCAGCACAAGGCCAAGAAGGAGUAUUUGACCACCGAGGCCCAAGAACAGCUGAAAGAGAAACACAGCGCAGCAACUAAGGCUGCUGAGGACUGGGAGUUGGAGAAGCAGCAGAUGAGAACUGAGGAGGCCAGAAGGCAGGAGCGGCUCCGUAUUCAGGCCGAGGCCGAGCGCAAGCGGCUCGCCGAGGAGGAGCAGCGAAAGAAAAAGGAGGAGCUAGCUGCUCAGCAGAAGGAGCGGGAGGAGAGAGAGGCAAAGGAGCAUGAAAAGAAAACGCACAAUGCCAUUGGAGCACUUGGAGUCGGUGCCGCUGCAGGUGUUGGUGCCGCUGCCGCUGCCGCUGGUGCAGGCGUCGCUGGUGCAGGCGUCGCUGGUGCAGGCGUCGCUGGUGCAGAUGCGCUGCUGAACACCGGAGCCAAGAGCGUUUCUGGCAUUGCGAGUCCUCAGAUAGGAGGUACCCCAGCUCAGAAGUCUGUUGAUCCUAAGCCUGAGCCAAAGCCGGAAAGCACUGCGUUCGUCGCUCCAGGGGCCCAUACCGGCACACUGGACGAGCAAGCUUCCAAAGGCGUUUCCACUGACAAUCUGAAUCACUCCGUGAAAGACUCUCCGAAGGAUAUUCCCAAAGAUGUUUCGAAAUACGUCUCCAAGGGCGACUCCAAGGAAGCUUCUGUGGAUGCUGGCUCGCCACCGUCCGCCAGCUCCAGCAAGCCUAGCAAGUCUAAGGUCCCCUCUGAGGAGAUCACCUCGGUGACCGCCACGGGAGCCAGCGCCGGCAUCGCUGCCGCCGCCGUUGACGCUGCCGGUAUCGAUGCUGUCACAGAGCACCUCGAGAAAGGCGCCGAUGUGGCGGAUAUCGCAAAGCUCGCAGAAUCCAAGAAAUCCGUCGAACCUCUCCAGGAGGAGCCACCGGCCAGACAAGGUGGUGCUGCUGCCUCGACGCCGGGCGUUGCUGUGGCCGCAGGCUCUCCGACCACCUCCCAGAAAGUGGAUUCGUCGGAGCAGACCAAUACACAAGAAUCCGAGACGAAACCGAAGUCGGGAGCCAGCUCUUUGACCAAAAAGGUGGUUCCGCUGUCGACCGGCAGCAGCGAGAAACAGGAGCCGAAACAGGAACCUGAGCCAGUCACGUACAAGUCGCUGGACCCUGCCGCCGCCAAGGAGUCUCCUCCGGUGACGGUUCAUGGCGACGGCGACGUCGACGUCGACUCGAUCGACGCCCGGUCGCAGGCCAAGCCCGUGUUCACAGAGGUGGUUGACAACGACGAUUACCAGGAGGUGAUCACCUACGAGACGAUCGAGUCGGGCGAGUACGAGAAGAACAAGCACGAUCCAAACUACAUGGAGGUGCCUGCGGACGAGUAA